AUGAAAAUGAAGAAAGGAGUUUCUGUCGGAGAACAUGUUCUUAACAUGAUCAAUACAAUGCAUGAUGCGGAAGUUCAUGGAGCAACCAUUGAUGAGAUGACUCAAUUUAGCAUGAUACUUGAAUCACUCACACCAUCUUUUUCCACAUGUACCACCAACUAUGUUAUGAACAAGUUGGAGUAUAAUAUGACUCAUCUGUUAAAUCAGUUGUAUACUUUUGAAUCACUCAAUAAGAGUAAUACAAAAGUAGAAGAAGAAAAUGUUGUUUGUUAUAAAUCUUCCUCUUCUAAAGGGAAAAAUAAGAAGAGAAAUGAUUCCAAUGAAAAGUAG